AUGGCUUUUGUCCCGCUGCCAUGGAGUAUAUGUAGUUGCAGAGGAGGCUCCAAGGCUGGAAGCUUGCACUGCAUUUCUCCUCAUCCUCCUCCUCCUGUUAAGAAGUAUCGGUUUCCACGACCAAGGUGCGAUUCGAGUAGUGUGAAGCCCCUCCUGUUGAGAACGGUAUUGCUGGACAAGGCAAGCGACAUUCUAACAAAUAUUUACAGAGACAGAGGGGAAAGCUAUGGCACCAUGCCCGUUGCUCGAGGUGCCCUUUCCGACCUCGUUGGUCGUCCAUUGUUCCUCUCUCUAUACGACUUCUUUCUCAAGCAUGGAUUAGUAUACAAGGUUUCAUUUGGACCAAAAGCCUUUGUCAUUGUGUCAGAUCCCAUUGUGGCUCGCCAUAUACUUCGUGAAAAUAUGUUUGGUUAUGACAAGGGAAUUCUUGCAGAUAUCUUGGAGCCAAUAAUGGGAAAGGGACUUGUACCUGCUGAUCUUGAUACUUGGAAGAAGAGGAGAAAGGCUAUUGCUCCUGCUUUUCAUGUUAUGUACUUAGAGGCCAUGGUCAAAACAUUCAAAGGAUGCACAGGACGCACCAUGGUGAAGUUUGAAGACUUGUUUCAUGGAGAUAAUUUGUCUGAAGGGCAAUUUAUUGAAGUGGAUCUUGAAGUUGAGUUUUCAAGUUUAGCACUUGAUAUUAUUGGGUUGGGCGUGUUCAACUAUGACUUCAGAUCGGUAACAAAAGAAUCACCGAUUAUCAAGCUCAUAGAAUUAGAGCUAGGUGGACGAAGUGGGGAUGCGCUUCUGGAGUCUUUUGAACCUCUAGAGCUUUCAUUUGGUGUUUUAAAUCUCUACCUCAGGCGAAAAAAAGAACUUUUGGUUUUGGAAGGUUACUUUGAGAGCAAGCAAGGAUUUGAAGAACUGCAUUAUCGGGAAGCAGCCUUGAAAGGGAUUUAUUGGAGUUUCCAGCUUCUCACUCUGGGAUUUUGUUACCAGGAUGCAAGUUUACUGAGGUUCCUUGUUGAUGUAAGGGGGGAGGAUGUUGAUGAUGUCCAGCUUCGAGAUGAUCUGAUGACAUUGCUCAUUGCUGGACAUGAAACUAUGUCAGCAGUUCUUACAUGGACAAUCUUUCUACUUGCGCAUCACCCCUCCAAAAUGAGGAAGGCUCAAGCAGAGAUUGAUGCUGUACUUCAAUCAAGUGGAUUGAAUUUUGAAAGUCUCAAGAAUUUGGAGUAUAUUAGGCAUAGUGUUGUGGAGGCUCUGCGUUUGUAUCCUCAACCACCACUACUCAUUAGACGUUCACUCCGGCCUGAUAUUCUGCCAGGUGGAUUUACUGGAGAUAAAAAUGGGGUAUCCAAUUCCUGCUGGGACAGAACGCUGUCUUUCUUGAGUGUCUUUCCCUGCCUUCAAGUAUAUAACCUUCACAGGUGCCACUAUUUAUGGGAUCGACCGUAUGAAUUUGAGCAAGAGAGAUUCUUGAGACCCAAGAAAAGUGAAGUCGAAGGGUGGGCAAGGUUUGAUCCAAAGCGAAGCCUUGGAGCCUUAUACCCAAAUGAGAUCAUCUCAGAUUUCGCUUUCCUCCCAUUUGGUGGUGGACCACGCAAGUGCCUGGGAGACCAAUUUGCCCUCAUGGAGUCCACGAUUGCACUAGCAUUGCUGUUGCACAGGUUUGAUGCAGAGCUGAGGUAUCCCCCAGAAUAUAUGGAGGCAGUCACUGAGGCCACCAUCCAUACAAAAGAUGGCCUAUGGUGCAAGUUAAGGAAAAGGAGGCCUAAUGCCGUGAACCGGUAGCUUCUGCUUUUAUGUCUAUAUUAUGUAAUUCUUUUAUGCCAUUUCUUUUCGUGUUUUCAAAUGGUAAAUGGAAUGAGAAUGUCUGUCUCUCUUGUUUCAUUGUCUGUAAGUGAUGAUGGCUAUGUACCUGUAUUUAACUUUAGAUUCUUAAUUGACCUCCUCAAUCGUAAUGUCUUUAUGA